CAGGAUGCACCACUGGGGUUGUUCAAAAACAACGCGGUGAAAAGAAAGUGAAAUCGGAGAAUUUCCUCAUUCGCCGGCUCCCGGCUGCGGCGAGCGGAGGGAACUCCUCGCGCCCCCGCGCCGUCCCGGGCCUCCGUGGGAAGCUGCACCGUGGCCGGGCGGGCAGGUGAGACAUCUCCCUGGGGUGAGUUUUGGCUGGAGAACGUGGAGAAACGGUCCCUUUGCGCUCGCUUUGGGGACAGAGUCCAUCUCUGCCCCCUUGCUGUGUCCCCCUCGGUGUGUCCCCCUCGACUGCUGCUUUUCCUCAAGAGCAGCCGCAGCGAUGGAGACGGAAAGUUGGGAGGAAAUACGUGGAGAUGGGUGAAGUUUCCGUCAAAGAGGGUUUUUUUUUUGGGGGGGGGUGGCACUGCAGGUGUGUGUGUGUGGGAAGGGUCCGGCCCCGUGUGAAGGUUGCGCUGGGGCCGUGGAGCAUCGUUGUGCGGCCAGAGAGAGCUCCCGGCCAAGGAAAAAGGCUCAAAGGGGAUUGGGGGGGGGGGGUUUGGGAAUGGUGGGGAAGCAAAACGCCCAGGUUGGGGUCCGGCACUGCCUCCCCAGCCCCAGCUGAGCGGGAUGAAGCUGCUGGCUUCCAUCGCCUUGCUGGCCACGCUGGCGGGGGCCCUGGGACCCCCCGACCCCGCGCUGGACUGGCACUGGCAGCUCUGGAAGAAAACCUACGGCAAGGAGUACCGCCACGAGCAGGAGGAAGGGGCCCGGCGCGCGACGUGGGAGAGGAACCUGCGACUGGUGACGCUGCACAACCUGGAGCACUCGCUGGGGCUGCACUCCUACGAGCUGGGCAUGAACCACCUGGGAGACAUGAGCAGCGAAGAAGUGGCGGCUUUGCUGACUGGGCUGAACGUUGUCCCUCGGCCAAAGCGGAGCUCCGCGUCCCGACCGCCGCCUGGCAGCGACGUCCCGGACACGAUGGACUGGAGGGAGAGGGGCUGCGUCACCGACGUGAAGAACCAGGGUGCUUGUGGGUCGUGCUGGGCGUUCAGCGCCGUGGGAGCCCUCGAGGCCCAGGUGAAGCUGAAGACGGGGAAGUUGGUGUCCCUGAGCACCCAGAACCUCGUCGACUGCUCCAUGAUGUACGGGAACAAAGGCUGCAGUGGAGGGUUCAUGACCAGUGCUUUCCAGUACAUCAUCGACAACGAAGGGAUCGACUCGGAUGAUUCCUACCCCUACACGGCUCAGGAUGGCUCGUGCCGCUGCAGCCCGGCGGCGCGGGCGGCCACGUGUUCCGGCUGCGUUGAGCUGCCGCACGGCGAUGAGGCCGCGCUGCAGGGCGCCGGCGCCGACGUGGGGCCCGUCUCUGCCAGCGUCGACGCCCGCCAGCCCACCUCCUUCUUGUACAAAGCCGGUAUCUCCUAUGACCCGAGCUGCUCUCAGGUGGCGAAUCACGCCGUGCUCGUCAUCGGCUACGGCUCUUCCGACGGGCAGGACUUCUGGCUCGUGAAAAACAGCUGGGGUGUGCAUUUUGGUGACCGGGGCUACAUCCGGAUGGCGAGGAACCGUGGAAACCGCUGCGGGAUUGCCAGCCACGGAGCCUCCCCCCGGAUCUAGAGGGGUUCCCUGCUUUGGGACAGGCUCUGGAGAUGCCACCGCGCACCCUGCUGAUCCCCAGCGUGCCUGGCUCGGCUCCGACCUCCCCUCCUCGAGCAGCCCGUUUGCAGUUUGAGAGGGAAGCAGCAGAAAUGAGGAGCGUCUCAUCCAGUGUGACCAUCUCGUUCACCCUCCCCCCGGCACUUCUCCACUAAUAAGGGAUCAUCUGUUGGGAAUUAUUUCAGUUAUUUAGGUGGAAGGCGCUCUGUUGUCAUUGCUGACUCUUGCAAUCUCCGGCAGCUUUUUAGAAAAUGACUCAGCCGCGUUUUCAAAGCUCUUGGGACGCCGCUUUGCUUCCUCCUCUUCUCUCAGCAGACGGUUUCUUGCAGCCAUUUUCUGUCCCGCGGGGCUUUGCCGGGGCGAGAAACGCACCCUCCUGCCUGGCUGUCCUUCGUGGGGACCCAGAGGAUGCCCCGAGAAGAGGCUGGCGGGUGAUUUCCAGGCAGCUGGAGGCUUGGCUGUCGGCAAUGGGCUGGGUGCUCCACAUGCCUCCUGCUGUCCGUGCUUGGCCAGCUCAGCUCCACCCCAUGCCCAUAUUUAAACCUCGUCUUCCGAUCUGUGCCUCCCCACCAAAAAGGGAAUAAAUGUGAUUUUUUUUU